GUAGUACUGGAUAAUGGCAUGCUCCAAGUUACAUUGUCCAAUCCGCAGGGAUUUGUAACUAGGAUUCGAUACAAUGACAUCGACAACUUGCUUGAAGUCCUUAACGAGGAAUCUAAUAGAGGGUACUGGGACCUUGUUUGGAGCUCACCAGGAAGUACUGGAACAACUGGUAUCUUUGAUCUAAUCGAAGGAACGAGGUUCGAGGUUAUCGUUGAAAAUGAGGAACAGGUUGAGAUCUCUUUCACAAGGACGUGGGAUUCAUCCAUGGAGGGCAAACUCGUCCCAUUAAAUAUAGACAAAAGGUUUAUAAUGCUUCGUGGUUCAUCGGGAUUUUACUCUUAUGCCAUUUACGAGCACUUGGAGGAAUGGCCUGCUUUCAACCUCGACGAAACCAGGAUUGCUUUCAAACUCAGAAAAGACAAGUUCCAUUAUAUGGCAAUGGCCAACAACAGGCAAAGAUUCAUGCCCCUCCCAGAUGACCGAUUGCCAAAGAGAGGUCAGACCCUGGCCUACCCAGAGGCAGUCCUACUUGUUAACCCAGUGGAGCCCGAACUCAAGGGAGAGGUGGAUGACAAGUACCAAUACUCGAGUAAGAACGAAAACAUACGGGUUCAUGGGUGGAUCUCCACCAAUACUGACCCGCCUAUGGGAUUCUGGCAAAUUACACCCAGCAACGAGUUCCGAUCUGGUGGCCCACUCAAGCAGAACCUGACCUCACAUGUGGGCCCCACCACGCUCGCU